AUGGCCAACAAAGUCGAGAUCCCCCCUUCUCAACAUGUCGUUGAGGUAUCUGUCAUCAAUAGUACGACCUUUGUCCGCAUGCCCCUGGGUUUCUUCGUGAAGAACCCUCUGCCCGGUCAUGAGAACUUGGAAUGCCCUUCGUUUGUAUUCCUUGUCAAACACCCUUCCGGGAAGAAGGUUCUCUUUGACUUAGGCCUUCGAAAGGACACCGAGUCCUUUCCGCCAGUCAUUCGCCAAGGCAUGGCCUCUUUGACCAUGCACUCUGAGAAGGACGUGGCUCAGAUCCUUCAAGAGGAUGGCGGGGUAGCGCUGAACGAGAUCAACAGUAUCAUUUGGAGCCACUGGCAUACUGAUCAUACCGGCGAUCCUUCAACUUUCCCAUCCAGCACGGAGCUCGUUGUUGGCCCUGGCUUCAGGGACGCCUUCCUACCAGCGUAUCCUACUAACCCUUACGGGUUGAUACUUGAGAGCGACUACGAAGGACGUCAACUCCGGGAAAUUGACUUCACCAAUGGAAUUCAAAUUGGUGACUUCCGCGCCGUAGACUUUUUCGGCGACGACAGUUUCUACUUGCUGGAUUCCCCAGGCCAUGCCGUCGGGCACAUGUGUGCCUUGGCACGUACUACUCCAUCAUCAUUCAUCUUCAUGGGUGGCGAUAGUUGUCAUCAUUGCGGCAGUCUGAGGCCUAGCAAAUACCUGCCUCUACCGGACCAAGUUUCACCUUCGCCGUUCUCCGUCCCGCCAUACUCACCAGGCAGCAUCUGUCCCGGUGCUCUCCUCGAGGCAAUCCAUCCAAAGCGCAGCCGCACAGUGCCAUACUACAGGGAUUUGUCCGAGGCUCAAGGCCGGGAUGUUGCGGAAGCAGAGGCAACCAUUGAUAAGAUGACUGCCUUUGACGCAAGCGAGGACGUGUUCGUUGUUCUAGCACAUGACGGGAGUCUUUUGAACGUGAUUGACUUCUUUCCUAAGAGCGCAAAUGACUGGAAGGAAAAGGGCUGGAAGGAGGCUGGCCGAUGGAGAUUUCUUGAGGAUUUCAAGGGCGCUGCCGCCAACAGUGACGCUGCUUGA